UCGCGCUGUUGUGCCCUGGCUGUGCGACAAAUAUGAUAUCUAGUUUGUGAAAAAGUUAAUGAAUAGGGCUAAAAAUGGCGCAAGCGGUGCUCCAGAAUCAGAGAAAGGAAGACGAUCUCGCGAACCUAAUAGGACAGUUCGGAAAAUGGCAGUUCAUAUUGUUCGCGACGAUAUCAAUAGUGAAGCUAUCAUCGGGAUGGGUGCAGAUGAUGAUUCUGUUCCUCACACCGAGCAGCACAUUCUGGUGCACCAGCUUCGACAAUGCUACGUUGGUUGCGGAGAAUAACACUUGCUACAACAACUGCUUGUCUUACGCCUACGACAACCAUCCUAUGGACAACACCAUUGUCUCAGAAUGGGACCUAAUAUGUGACAGAGGAUGGCUGGCCAGUUUGACACAAACUGUCCUACAAUUUGGUAUAUUACUGGGCAGUAUAUUAUUCGGAUUCCUGUCUGAUAGGUUCGGCAGAAGAUAUACAUUUUUGGCGUCAUGCGUCGCACUCAUUGCGUUGGGAUUCGCUGUCCCUUUCUCGCCCAACUACACCGUAUUUACAAUCAUCAGGUUCUUCUUGGGGGUCGCAACUGCGGGAACAAUGGUUGUCUCUUUCGUGAUCCUCAUGGAAUCCGUUGGGACGAAGUACAGGGAGCUGCUGGGCUGCCUCUAUCAGAUUCCGUUCAUCAUUGGGCAUAUUACGGUGCCCCUGUUCGCUUACUUCUUCAGAAGUUGGAGCGAAUACACCCUAGCCCUGGCUGUCCCACCCCUGAUAUAUUUGGGCUACUUCUUCGUGAUAUCCGAGUCGCCAAGGUGGCUGGUUAGCAUGGGGAGAGUAGAAGAGGCGGCUGCCAUAGUGAAGAAAGCUGCUGAAAUGAAUAAACUACCAACUUCAAAAAUAGAGGAGACGCUCAAGAAAAUGUCGGAAGACAUCCGCAGCCAGGCGACUGAGGCGAAACCCAACUAUUUGGACCUGUUCAAGCGGUCGUUAUGGCUGAAGACAGUGAGCUGCUGCUACAUGUGGACUAUAUGCGGGCUGACCUUCUACGGGUUCAACCAGUACAUCAGCCAGACCAGCCCUGAUCCGUUCGUGACGGUGGUCGCCGCUGGAGGAAUACAGAUACCCUCAAAUCUGAUCGCGUUCUGGCUGAUGAAGAGGUUCGGGAGGCGCCUGACAACCGCCAGCUUCUUCACAUUCGGAGGUCUUUGCGUCAUCAUUUUGGGAGUUGUCCCUCACAAGUUCUGGAUAACCUUAACUCUUGGUUCCCUCGGUGUCAGUUGCGCUUCCAUCGUGGCCACUUGCAUCUACAUCUACACGUCCGAGAUCUUCCCAACUGUCGUCAGAAACAUGGGCCUUGGUGCUUGUUCUACGUUCAUGCGAGUUGGAUCCAUGGUGGCUCCAUUCAUAUCCAACAUGUCUUUGACUGUGCCGUGGCUGCCGACGGUUGUGUUUGGUAUAGCUCCGAUAAGUUCCGGUCUGGUCUGCCUACUCCUUCCGGAGACCAGAGGGACUUCAUUACCAGAUAGCUUGGAAGACAUCAAAGUGCCGGAGAAGAAAUAGAAUAAUUAACUAAAGACUUAAAAUUGUUGAUAUUAAUAAUUGUAUGUUGACAAAAUUAAGAACACUGACGCCUUAUCUGAAACAGAUAUAAAAAAUUAUCCAAUGAUCAAGGAUAUUUUUUGAAAAUC